GUUCUAAAGCUCUUCCACGUUGAGAAGUGGUUGACUCGACUUCCUUAUCCAAAAUUGAAACGGGAGUUAUUUUACUUUUGCAGCGGCUAGGGUUAGAAAUUAAAAUUUCAAUUUGAAUAUCACAAAACGAUCCCCACAUUCUGCUGCUCCCGUCUACUGUCUACCUCCAGACCCGAAUCGAUCGACGAUUACUAUAGUCCUCGAUUUUGCAGGCUUCAAUCGAUCGACACGGUGUACCUUCUGCUGCGUAUUUUUCACCUCAAAUCCUUACUCCAGUUCACUGAGCGUAUUUGCGACUAAGGUACCUUCUGCUGCGUAUUUGCGAGGUCAUCACUCCUCAAUCGAACCUUUCUGACUUGGGUGAGCUUGGGCACAAUUAAACCGACUUUGAUAUCUCCUCGGAACUUCGAAACAUGCCUACUACAGCCGUGGAAGCGAAGAUCGCGCCGUCGAUGCUAUCGUCGGACUUCGCCAAUCUGGCUUCAGAGGCUGAGCGCAUGAUCAGCUUCGGUGCCGAUUGGCUUCACAUGGACAUAAUGGAUGGGUAUGUGAUUGCGAGUUUAAGAAAGCACACAAAGGCAUAUCUGGAUUGCCACCUUAUGGUAACAAAUCCUCUUGAUUAUGUUGAUCAAUUAGGAAAGGCUGGUGCUUCUGGUUUCACAUUUCAUGUUGAGGUGUCUAAAGAUAAUUGGCAAGAAAUUGUUAAAGAAAUCAAGUCGAAAGGCAUGCGGCCUGGUGUGGCAUUAAAACCAGGAACACCCAUUGAGGAUGUGUAUCCCCUGCUUGAAGGUGAAAAUCCUGUUGAAAUGGUUCUUGUUAUGACUGUGGAACCUGGAUUUGGUGGGCAGAAGUUCAUUCCAGAUAUGAUGAAUAAGGUGCGCACAUUGAGAGAAAAGUAUCCGAAACUUGAUAUAGAGGUAGAUGGAGGUUUAGGGCCUUCAACGAUUGAUGAGGCAGCUGCUGCAGGUGCAAACUGCAUUGUUGCUGGGAGUUCAGUUUUUGGAGAUCCAGAGCCGGGUCGAGUUAUAUCUCUACUCAGAACAAGUGUCAGCAAGUGCUUGAAACCCAACUUUAUAUAGAGUCAGCAACACACUUUUACACCAUCAAAGACUUUAUGAGUUGCUUAAUUUGCUAUGUUGAUUUAUUGUGCUAUUAUGCUAUUGUACUGUAUAUGUAUUAUCUAUUCUGUAGAGUAGUUUUGUUUGAUAUGAAAUAAUAAAUGAUGGUGUUGUUGACGUGUACUGCAAUUGGGACCCAGGGUACAAGUGCUUCUAAUGAAUCAGUUGCUAAAACUACACAUUGGAUUGAUUUCACCAUUUUUGCAUUUUCCAGUCACACUCACACUUUUGGUUGCUGUCUUGGUGAUCCAUAAAUUAACCACAGAUUGGUGUUGUUAAUGCUACUUCAUCAAUUCUAUACGAGAUGAAGUUACCUUCCUUUCUCUUUGCUGCAAUGGGU